GAUAUUCCAGUAGGGUAUCACACAGACAUGCCUCGUGCAGCAGCUCCCAAUGUCGCCGGCAACAAAACAGCCAAACAGGACAGCACCUACCGAUCUUUUGUGGCGUCCAAGGCCGUGGACGACAACCUGAGUCAGUCCAUGAGCCGAGGUGGGUGUUCUCACACACUGCCGACGCUCGCGUUAACGUGGUGGCAGGUAGACUUGGGCAGUGUGUACAACAUCACCACGGUGGAGAUUUCCAACAGACAAGAUUGUUGUGGAAACAGGUUGAGGGAGUUCCACGUUACCAUGCACAUGGUUGACCCUGAGACGUGUGAUGCACAGAAUCUCUGUUUGUAUUAUCCUGCAUCCUUUGAAAAUGGAGAGACCAGAGUUCUCCACUGUGACCAGCCAACGGUGGGACGAUAUGUCAGGAUCACAAAAUACAAUCAGUCGUCUGCCCUUGAAUUGUGUAACGUUAUCAUAAGGGGGCAGCCAGUUCGAGGUUCAACAACAACCACAGACAUCACCUCGACCGUGACACCAGCCUCACGUGCAGCAACAACCACAGACAUCACCUCGACCGUGACACCAGCCUCAAGUGCAGCAACAACCACAGACAUCACCUCGACCGUGACACCAGCCUCAAGUGCAGCAACAACAACGGAUAUAACCACGACCGUGACACCAGCCUCAAGUGGAACAACAGAUAUCACCACUACCGUGACACCAGCCUCACGUGCAACAACAACCACAGACAUCACCUCGACCGUGACACCAGCCUCAAGUGCAGCAACAACAACGGAUAUAACCACGACCGUGACACCAGCCUCAAGUGGAACAACAGAUAUCACCACUACCGUGACACCAGCCUCACGUGCAACAACAACCACAGACAUCACCUCGACCGUGACACCAGCCUCAAGUGCAGCAACAACAACGGAUAUCACCACGACCGUGACACCAGCCUCAAGUGCAGCAACAACCACGGAUAUCACCACGACCGUGACACCAGCCUCACGUGCAACAACAACCACAGACAUCACCACGACCGUGACACCAGCCUCACGUGCAGCAACAACAACGGAUAUCACCACUACCGUGACACCAGCCUCACGUGCAGCAACAACAACGGAUAUCACCACUACCGUGACACCAGCCUCAAGUGCAGCAACAACCACAGACAUCACCACGACCGUGACACCAGCCUCACGUGCAACAACAACCACAGACAUCACCACGACCGUGACACCAGCCUCACGUGCAACAACAACCACGGAUAUCACCUCGACCGUGACACCAGCCUCAAGUGCAACAACAACCACAGAUAUCACCACUACCGUGACACCAGCCUCACGUGCAGCAACAGCAAGCACUGAGCUCGCCAUUCCAUACAACCCUUUCCCACAGCGCAAGAUUGUGGUGAAGUGUAUGUGCCAAUGUAAAGAUUCGUCGCUUCCCUCAGACGUCAAGCAAGUGGCAGAAGCUGCGCGGGUGAUCAAGAAGAAGCUGGAAGUUGAGGCGAGGACUUUGAGCAAGUAUGUUCAGAAGAAGAAGAGCGCUAAAGACGAGCGGUCUUCCUCCACCAACAUGGGGUAUCUGGCCAUAUCACUCAUGUGUGUUCUAUUCGGAGCAGUGGUCAUACCUGACGUGGUCAGUGUGAUUACAGCCAAAUACAUCAACAUCAAGGGAAUGUGAUACCGCGGUAUUGUACCUGGACACCAAGAGCACAGUUAAAGUGGCAAGAGGAUUUUCAGUGUGGUCUUGACUGGAACUGUAUUUUCCCAUUCCUAAAAUCGUUUAAAUCAACACAAGACACCAAACUGAGAUGGUUCGAAUACAGGAUACUCCGUAGAAUUAACUACCAAUACAUUUCUUUAAAAAAUUAAAAUAAAAGAUUCUAACUUAUGUUCAUUCUGUAAUGAAGAAAAGGAAUCUAUUUGUCACUUGUUAUGAGAAUGUGAAUUUGUGCAAACCAUAUGGUCAAAUUUUUUAUCAUGGUUAACAGAAGGUUGUGACCCUAUCCAUAAUCUCAAACUCACUAUGGAACUGAUAAUUUUUGGCUGU